GGAAAAAAGUCUUGAUUGUGAAAUUUUCGUCGAAGUGUGUGUUCGUGUGUUCUCUGUGAAAAAAUCUUGAAAUUUAUAGAUUUCCAGUUUGUUAAACUAAUUAAACGUCUUUGAUUCAAAUAAAGAAGAAAAAUGGCUCGUACCAAGCAGACCGCCCGUAAAUCGACUGGAGGCAAGGCUCCACGUAAGCAGCUGGCCACCAAGGCCGCUAGGAAGUCGGCCCCGUCCACCGGUGGCGUCAAGAAGCCCCAUCGUUAUCGUCCCGGCACUGUUGCCCUUCGUGAGAUCCGUCGCUACCAGAAGUCGACUGAGCUGCUCAUCCGUAAGCUGCCGUUCCAGCGUCUUGUUCGUGAAAUCGCUCAGGAUUUCAAGACCGAUCUCCGUUUCCAGUCGGCUGCCAUUGGUGCCCUUCAGGAAGCCUCCGAGGCCUAUUUGGUGGGCCUGUUCGAGGACACCAACUUGUGCGCUAUUCACGCCAAGCGCGUCACUAUUAUGCCCAAGGACAUUCAGUUGGCGCGCCGCAUCCGUGGCGAGCGUGCUUAAGGAGGAGCAGUAUGGUCACAGUGUAGUGUAACAAUUCCCCGUGCAAUGGACGCGCGACCGCUGCGCUGCUACACACAACAACAACAAAAACCAGCAGAAGCAGCAGCAAUACAAACAUCAUGCAAAUGGUCGCGCCACAUUGAUGGGCAAAUCAAAAACAAGUUGAUCAAUCAUCCAUUCAUAAACCUACAUGUAUACACCUACCAUCUUUGUUUUCGAGUUAAGAUUAAUUUAAGAAGAGGCAGUUUUCUUUAAUUUAAUCCUUCGAAAUGCUGGCAACUUGGGCACCCACACAACACAACGGUUCGUUCGCCCGAUUGCCAUCGCAAGAGAUGGCACCUGAAGAUUUAACUUAAACAUACAUACACAUAUUGCGCAUAACACUUAUUAUUAUUGCUAUUAUAAUUGUACAUUAGAACUUAAGUUUUUUUUCUAUAUAUAUUUAUAUAUAUAUACAACAUAUAUAUAUAUAUAUUGUAAGCCACCGUCGUCGCUGCGCCGCAAACUACAUGACUCGCUCGCUCUCUCUCAUCCCAUUCAAAUGGGAUCCCAAUGUCUCGGAGCAUCGCCACCACAUCUCCAACUGUCGUGGAGGAUGCGCUGUUUGCUGGCAGAACCCAUUAACUAAUUGCCCUGUGGAGUGGUCCCCGAAAGAAGCUGCUGCAUGGGGCAUGCCGCACCAAUACCAUCCAGCGAGUGUGAAUGGGGACUGCUGGCAAACAGCAAGAGACCAGGAGGUUGGCUAUACCCGGCGAGAGAGUGAGAGUCAUGGGAGAGACGGCAAGCGAACGGUUGGUAGGCAAACAACACUUUUAACACCCAACUUAAACAACCAACAACAACAUCUGAAAAUGGUAUCCAACAUAACACCGAAGACCGAAUUGAGUACACUUAUUUCUAAACAUAUAUACAUACAUAUACCACGUAAACAAACAAGCAAACAAAAAAAAACAUACAUAUAUCUUGUAGACACUAGAUAUAAAAUAGAUCUUGUUUUUUUCGUCCUUUCCUUUACUCGCGGGACCCGAACAACGGUUAUUGCUGUUGGAAGAUCAAGCAAUAUUAGUACACCACACACACACAUAUAAAUACCACCCAUCCAUGUUGUGGUGUUACGGCGAGAGUAGGAAACGAAAGGAAUAAAACAAGUGGCCCCCCCCUGGUGGCUCGUUCCGCUCUCUCUCACUGUGUGGGGAGCGGAGACGAAGGUAGUUGAUUAAAUAAGUUUUAGAAUUACAUGCAUUUUAUACGUUUUAGGCGAGAGAGAACGAAGAGAAAUAGAACAGAACGCUAGCCACCCCCACGGAUCAUGUAUGGUGAGAUGGUGUGAUGGUGGGAUGGUGGGGCGGGCAUUCAAAACACACGCAUAGAUUGCAGAAAUUAACGUAAACUUCAAUAACAACAAAUUACACAUUAUUAUAUACAUAUGCUAUAUAUUAUAAAACAAAACAAAAACAAAAAAAAUACACAUUAUAUACAAGCAAUACAUAGAAAUAGUUUACAACAAAAUUCAGCAGAAAUCUUUAUCUUGAAGAUUGUCACAGCA